AUGAAGGAAUUAAUUUCAGAAAGAGAAAAUUAUCGUGAGCUAUAUGCACAAAUAUGGAAUGAACGAGAAGUUUUCUUCAAUUCUUCUUUCGAUUGUCUUCUUGCACCUGUUGGAUCAUCUGCAGCUCCUCAACAUGGCACAGCUAAAUGGUGGAAUUAUACAUCUUUAUGUAAUUUUUCUGAUUAUCCAGCUGUCGUUUUUCUUGUUACAACUGUUGAUUUUGUCAAAGACCAAGUAGAAGUUGAUUAUAAACCUAGAAAUGCAUUGGACAAUGAGAAUUAUAAACUUUAUAUAUCAAUAGAAUCGUAUUCUAAUGUAUCAAUCGGAUUACAAGUUAUCUGUCGACGAUUUAAUGAUGAAAAAGUAAUGAAAUUUGUCGAAAUAAUUGAAUAA